CGGCAGCGCACUCUACCAGGGCUCCUUUUCUCCCCCACUCAAAACAUAAUCAGUGCUUUCACCGACCUGGCUUCUGAUUGGAGGCCGAUCGCUUUGGAUGAUGACCUCUAGGACCCCUCUGUCGGUUGCAGCCUGUUUGUAUUAUUCUUACCGCAACUUAAGACACCUGCAGUGGGGUGUGUGGAAAAGUAAAAGACCAGUAUUUUCACAUCCCCAGGUACCAGAAUCACAGAAGUCUCUGACAGCAUUCCGGCUGCUGAGUGGUUCCAGGGCUGGCGUCUGCCCAUGUGUCCCUUCCAGACAGCUGCUCGCCAAGAUGAGGGAUCUUCUUCAGUAUGUUGCUUGCUUUUUUGCCCUUUUCUCCACUGGGUCUUUGAUUUUGGCCACCUGGACAGACUGUUGGAUGGUGAAUGCCGAUGACUCCCUGGAGGUGAGCACAAAAUGCCGCGGCCUCUGGUGGGAGUGCGUCACUAAUGCUUUUGAUGGGAUUCGCACCUGUGAUGACUACGAUUCCAUUCUUGCUGAACACCCCUUGAAGCUGGUAUUGACUCGCGCAUUGAUGAUUACUGCAGAUAUUCUAGCUGGGUUUGGAUUCAUCACCCUGCUCCUUGGUCUCGAUUGUGUGAAAUUCCUCCCUGAUGAGCACUACAUCAAAGUCCGCAUCUGCUUUGUUGCUGGAACCACAUUACUAAUAGCAGGUGCCCCAGGAAUCAUUGGCUCUGUGUGGUAUGCUGUUGAUGUUUAUGUGGAACGUUCUUCUCUGGUUUUGCACAAUAUAUUUAUUGGCAUCCAAUAUAAAUUUGGUUGGUCCUGUUGGCUUGGAAUGGCUGGGUCUCUGGGUUGCUUUUUGUCUGGAGCUCUCCUCACCUGCUGCUUAUACCUCUUUAAAGACGUUGGACCUGAGAGGAACUAUCCUUAUUCCGUGAGGAAGGCUUAUUCCACUGCCCGUGUUUCCAUGGCCCAGUCAUACCUGGCCCCUCGGACAGAGACGGCCAAAAUGUAUGCUGUAGACACCAGGGUAUAAAGUACUACAUGUUAGUCUGUGUUUAUAAUUAUUUAACUAAUUGAUCAAU